GGCUGUGUCUGCUGCUUGGCACGGGUUAGCAUGUUCAACCACCGCGACCGGAAGCGCUCUUAUUUUGAUAUCUCCGGUUGUCACUCGUGUGUCGGUUUGUAGACGACGCGGAUAAAUCUCUUAAAGCACACCGGGACUAGUUACGUACCUAAAGGCGGAGGAGCAAGAUGACGGUACCUUGUAAUUUCCGCUAAUUUGACGAUAAAACACCGCAUCCUGCUCGAAGGAGGCGAGCGGUCGCGGGGGAUGGUCUCUAAGCAAGCCCCGGGACGACUCGGCGGUUGGGGCUGUUUUAAUGGAGCGAACGCUGGAGCUGAGGCAUCAAAUAUAGUGUAAAUAAGUGAAAUGUUGUUGCAGGUGGCUUUGGGGUCCCUCCAGCCAUGGUGACCUAUGACCCCAGUGUGUCCUAACUCCUAAUCCAGUCCUGAUCCACCAGAGGAGGCGAUGGGAGACAGCUACGUGUACCGGCGACUUCCCUAUGCCAGAGGAGGCGAGGAGGGCGACGAGAAGGAUGGAGAGGAGGGAGGAAGGAUGCGAGAAAGUGUCGGGCGACAGAUGAUGCAGGGCGAGGAAGGAACAGAGUGGCUGCUGGAGCUGCUGACCGACGUCCAGCUGCAGCAGUACUUCCUGCGCAUCCGGGACGACCUCAACGUGACGCGACUCUCGCAUUUCGACUACGUCAAGAAUGAAGAUCUGGAGAAGAUCGGCAUGGGCCGCCCUGGUCAGAGGAGGCUGUGGGAGGCCGUUAAGAGGAGGAGAGCGCUUUGUAAACGCAAGUCCUGGAUGAGCAAGGUGUUUCCUGUGAAGCGGCCCGACGCCGACCCCCAACAGGCAAUCCCGCAUGGCGCGUCAUGCGGCGGCGGCGGGGCGGCCACGCCCAACAGCGACUCUGCAGCCUCCCUCACCUGCCUCAUCCGAGAGUCUGAGCUGCAGUUGUUCGAGCGCUUGGGCGACGGCACGUUCGGAGUGGUGCGCCGGGGCGAGUGGAGCGCCCCCAGCAGUCGAGUGCUGUCAGUGGCGGUGAAGUGUCUCAAGGCCGGCGUGCUGGACUCGGACGGCCUGGAUGAUUUCAUCAGAGAGGUGAACGCCAUGCACUCCCUCAGCCACCAGAACCUGAUCCGCCUUUAUGGGAUUGUUCUCACACAGCCCAUGAAAAUGGUGACUGAGUUGGCGCCUCUGGGCUCGCUGUUGGACCGUCUGAGGAAACGUCAAGGUCACAUUCUGAUCUCAUCACUCUGCAACUACGCUGUCCAGGUGGCAUGCGGUAUGGCCUACCUGGAGCAGCGCCGUUUCCUCCACAGAGACUUGGCGGCCCGUAACGUGCUGCUGUCCACCAAUGAAACGGUGAAGAUCGGCGACUUUGGCCUGAUGAGAGCGCUACCGUCACACGCCGACCAGUAUGUCAUGGAGGAAGGACACAAAAUCCCUUUCCCAUGGUGUGCUCCAGAAUCCUUAAAAUCCCGCACCUUCUCGCAUGCAUCCGAUACAUGGAUGUUCGGGGUGACUCUGUGGGAGAUGUUCACCCAUGGACAGGAACCGUGGCUGGGCCUGAAUGGAAGCCAGAUCCUCCACAAGGUGGACAUGGAGGCCGAGCGGCUGUGUAAGCCAGACGACAGCCCUCAGGACAUCUACAAUGUCAUGCUUCAGUGCUGGAGCCCCAAACCCGAGGAUAGACCCACCUUUGUUGCCCUGAGGGACUUCUUGAUGGAGACCAUGCCGACAGACAUGAGAGCUCUCCAGGACUUUGCAGAGGAAGACAAACUUGAGAUCCAAAUGAAUGACGUCAUCACCAUCAUAGAUGGAAGGGCGGAGCACUACUGGUGGCGAGGACAGAACAGACGAACGCUACGCGUGGGCCAGUUCCCUCGUCACGUGGUGACGGCGGUAGCCGGCCUAUCCGCCCACGACAUCAGCCGCCCGCUCAAGCACUCGUUCAUCCACACCGGGCAUGGGGACACCGACCCUCACCGGAGCUGGGGCCAUGCUGACCGUAUAGACAGUCUAUAUUUAGGGAACCCCAUGAAACCCCCCGACGUUCUCGGAAUGGACCCUUGCAUGUCAAGACCGACCAAGCUCCCCAACCGUGCCAAGAAGCAACCCCCUCCUCGUCCUCCUCAACCUGCAGUCCUGCUGAAGAAGCCCUACUACGAUUCCGUCAUGGAGGAUUAUGACGACGACGAUGACCCCGCCGUCGGCCCUCGCCCCGGCCCCAAGAGGCUGGGCGUGUCCCUGGGCCUCAAGCUCCGCCCGUGGGAAGGCUGCUGCGGCACACAGGCGGAUGCCAGCGAAGUGUCGCUCAUCGACUUCACUGACGACAGCUUCAGCUCGACUACGCCUUCGCCGCUCACAGAGACGCAGCAGCCAGAUGAUGACACACUGAAGGACACCCCCUCCAUCCUGGACUGGCCCCUCCCACAGCCUGCUUACGAUGAAGUGGCUACAGAGCUCCAGGACCAAUCGGAGGACCAGGAGGUGCGAUGCAUCAACAAGGGGACAACCGAAGAGCCCCCGCCCACUCCCUCCACUGCCGCCAUGUUGGGCAGGAACGAGUCGCAGUCAGCUGACCUCUUCCAAGAGCUCCAAAGAGAGGUGAUGGUGAAGCUGCAGGUUCCCAUGGCGACAGGUCGCUCCCUGCCGUCCUCGCCGCUCCCGCUGCCACUGGCUCCACUCGUACCUCACCGACAGAUCUACAUUCCCCCUCCUUCGCCCUCCGCCAGCUUCACGUCCGGGUUCGGGGACCGUCCGGUGCUGCCACCUCGCAGCCCCGUCCCUCCGCUGCGCCCCUCCAAGGGCCCCUCCCACCCACACCACAGCUCCAUCUCGCUGGAGCUGGAGGACACACCUCCUCAGAUCCCUCCCCGGGACCGCACUCUCUCCCAGCCGAGCUCACGUUCCUCCUCACCUCUCACUUUGGCGCCACCAGCGUCAUCCUCCCCGCUCCUUCCCCCACCCCCGCUUUCCGUCUCCCCUCGUCGAGCGUCUGGCCUCCUGGGUCCACUCCUGUCCUCCUCCUCGCCUCCCAAAGGGGCUCCCCCUGCUUCUUCUACCUCUUCCUUGGAUCCUCUGGCCUUGCAGGAGGCUCGGGGACUCUCCGCUGUGAUUGACAGCUCACAGAGCGCCGUCCCGGCCCCGUUGCCAGAGCGACCUGCCUUACUGGAGAGAUACGGAGCAGCUAAUAUGGCCGCGGUCAAACCCAUGAUGCAGCAGCCUGCCCGGACCAAGCCCGACUCUUCCUCUUACAACAACAACAACAAUGGACGGCCGGCAGCUCCCAGCAUGCAACAGGAGCUAAGCAUCUCACAGGUCCAAGGAGCCGUUCAUGGGGUCACACUGGAUGAGUGUCAGGCUGCACUGCAAAGUCACAAUUGGGGAAUCCAGCAAGCUGUCAAUCAUUUAAAGGUGGAGCAGUUGUUUCGUUUGGGUCUGCGGUCCCGGUCCGACUGCGAGGUGCUCCUGCAGCGCUGCCAGUGGAACCUGGAACAGGCCAGCUCGCUCAUGCUGGACACGUAUGGACCACACUGCAACAGGAAGUGACAGCGGCGGCAUAACUGUCCAAGGACAAGCGCCCGGCACUGAAUGUUCUUCUCUUGUAUGUACUGUGAAUACCUGCUAGCAAUCUGUACCGCACAAUGGAAUCGCUUAGUUGAACACCUGCUAUGUUAUUUAUUUUGUACUACAUGAGGUAUGUACAUACUUUUCCACAGCUGUCAAAAUUCCACAAAUACGCAACAGUACUCAUACCGUGUAUUCGCGCAGGUGGAAAUAAAAGCGGUACGGAAGAGUAAAGUAGGAACCGCGCCUGUAGUGUCUUAUCUGCCCCCGCAGGAAUCAAACGAUCAAAAGUGGCAGUGCAUUGUGGCGCGCUGGAUCAGUGUGUUAUCCCUGGACAGCCUUUCCGAUCCGCAACAGCACUAAGCACUCUGGUUGCAUUCACCAGUGGUGCAUGACACACAGGCAGGCGGAAAGUCAACCUCAUGACUCGAUUAAAAUUUGUAGUAUCCAAUCGCAUGACUGGUUCGAUGCCAAACGAACGCUGAUGGUUUUUUUUUUCAAUGAUGGUUUGUGAUUGGCAGCUGAAUCAAUGAAUAAAACCACCCAAAACUUGAUCCAUAUUCUCCAGCUACAAAUGAUCUUCAUGAGUCGUUCCGACAAACGUGACGUGCAUGCCACCUUACACGUGGGAGCGUCACUCGCCCCCCCACGCGAACUAGACAUUUGACCCGGCAGCUGCAGCAUGACGCUGCCUUCACAAAAGAGAGUAAUUUCUAAUAUUUUCACAGCCAGUGUAAGUGUUCUUUUCAUGAAUGCACCACCCCCCCCCCCCCCUCCCCAUAUGUCCCUCUAUGUAUGGUCAAUUCUUGCCACAUGACCUUGCGUGAUGUACUAAAAGCACUUUGUGGCUCUAACUCUCCAUCUGUAAAGAUGUUCACAUUUGAGAAAAACUAAUUUCACUUUCAGUUUGCCCUCUUCAUGGUUUUACAAUGUGUCCUUUUUUUCCUUGACUGACAGCUCUAACAAACAGGAAUUAAUGAGAAAUCAAACAGUUUUGAAAAGGGUAUAACUCCAUUUCUAAAGAUGUUGGGCUCUAGCAAACCACAGUGAGAGCCAUUAUCCAGAAAUGACGAAGACGUGGAACAUUGGUGAACCUUCCCAGGAGUGUCCGAGCAACCAAAAUGACCCCAAAAAAACGCAGUCACGACUCAUCUAAGAGGUCACAAAAGACCCCACAACAGCAUCAGUUAAGGUCAGUGUUCAUCUUGAUGAUCCCAAAGACUUUUGGGAAAAUAUUGUGGUCUAGAGACUAAUGUUAAACCAUAUAGACCCAGACUGUGUUGCCAACAUGCUAACCACUAAACCACCGUGCAACCUAUAAGUUACUACAUACUAAUAUAAUUACAUUUUUAUUGUAUUCAUUAGGCAUUCAUUUUAUUAUUAAUAGUUUUAAAGUCUGAAAACAUUGCAUUAUUACAGUGUUAGUAGAAAUAUGGCUCUUGUAUUAUUUAUCAUGUGACCUUGUUGAUAUUGUUUACAUAUACUGCCGUCAUAAAUAUGAUGACAAUAAUAUGAAUAUUUGCACAGAGCGAGACCCAAAGAGCGUGGGAGAGUAAAGGCGGAGGAAAAGUGACUUAUCCUUGAACUGGAAGGGGGGAAGGGGGUGGUAACGAUCGAUGGUGUCAAACUGAGAGGAGAAAGAUGUUCUCCCCGAGGAGAGUGAAAGUGAAAGCUGGAGAGGACAGACAUGAGGUGUGAUGAUGAAGAAGAGACAAAAGAGGAAGGCCAUUCGGGGAGAGGUGAGCUUUAUCCGUCGGAGACGUUCUCCUCAACCUACGCAUCACAAAUGACUCAACUUUCCGUUUGACCUUUCCUGUAUUAUUUCCCUUGGAAUCUCUCCCUAUUGGAUAAGCAGUGGCUGGGUUCCUGAGGGGCGUGGCCAAAGCUUUUUAAUUGGUGCUUUGUGUGCCUCAAUAUUAUGUUGUCAUCCUUCAGCCGUCCACUACCCCACACUCUAAAGUUACCAAUGCGCUUGAAUGCAUCAUGGCACAACAAGUGCAGAGCUUAAUUGAUCCUGUCCCAACACAAAGAAAGGAGAUAGACAUGGUGUUGUUCAUCAUUCUGGAUUGGAAGUCUUCAAUCGCAGUGCUUACAAGUGAGUGUGAUUUAGAUUUGAUUAGAUCCUACUCAAGGGCUGCAUGGUAUUGGAAGGUUAGCGCCCAGGCUUCACAGCUAGGAGACCCAAGUUCGAUUCCACCCCGGCCAUCUCUGUGUGGAGUUUGCAUGUUAAAACAUGCAAAAACAUGCUAGGUUAAUUAGCGACUCCAAAUUGUCCAUAGGUAUGAAUGAUACAUUAAAAAUACAUUAACUGUUGGCUGCAUGGUGGACGAGUGGUUAGCGCGCAGGCCUCACAGGUAG